AUGGCUAGAGUGUUAAUGUUUAUAUUUUUAUGUUCGUACCCGCACAAAUGCAGUGGCUUAAUUAGCCCCGUAGAGUUUGUUGAAGACACAAUCGUCGAGCGUGAGUAUCUAGAAUGCACAGGGUCAGCGAUAGUAGUGUUGGCUCGCUUUAUAAAACAAUUUCCAGGGCACAGGGCAAAAGAGGUCAAAGAGUUUAUCAAAACGGCAGUGAAAUACAUGGAUGACUUACAAAUGCCAGAUGGUUCAUGGUACGGAAAUUGGGGUGUCUGCUUUAUUUAUGGAACCUUUUUUGCAGUUCGAGGUCUAGUGGCAGCAGGGAAGACUUACAGUAACUGCGAGGCAGUUCGUAGAGCCGUUAAGUUCAUUCUCAACACACAAAAUGAUGGGGAAGGCGGAUGGGGAGAGAGUUAUCUCUCUUGUCCCAACAAGAAAUAUUUUCCUUUGGAUGGAAACAAGACCAAUGUGGUGAAUACAGGACAAGCACUUAUGGUUUUAAUUAUGGGUGGUCAAAUGGAACGAGCGAGACCCUUUGCCUAUUCAUCGCGGUGCAAACAUACUAAUCAAUUUGCAAAUGAAAAACGGCGAUUUUCCACAAUAGGAACUAAGGGGAGUUUACAAGAUGAAUGUGCUGCUACACUAUCCAAAUUACAGGAACAUGUUCACUCUUUGGGCACUCACGUUUUACACAAAGGCUUUGCGCCGUGCUCCUCUGGUGACGUGAUAAGAAUCAAGAACCCUUUGGAGAGAUUUGUUGUAGAGAUCUCCUAA